AUGGCGUCGGGCGGUGAAACGACCGGUGAGAGGCCAGAAAAUUUCGGGUUACGCAGGGCAUCAUUGGAACCGGAUCUGACGAACCCACGCACGACACGCCAUGGAGAUUGCUUCUUACUAUGCACGUAUAAUGCCAGAACACUCUCAACAGACACCGAUCUUCACGUCCUUCUUGUAGCUGUAGAUCGCAUUAAAUUUUAUGUGAUCGCAUUACAAGAAACAGAAAUCAAGAAGACCGACAUACGCCAACUAAACAACGGGACUCUUGUGAUCCGCGGAGAAAAGGUCCCGUCACGAAAUGUCGGUGGCGUAGGCUUUGUCGUCCACCCGUCCAUUGUCCAUCUCGUCGACUCUUACGUGAUCCUUUUCCCUAGCAUAGCCGUCGUUCGUCUUCAACUGUCGCAUCAGAAGAAGGUCACUAUCACCAACUGCUACUCACCGACCGACGGAGCUAAUGAAAUUAAAUGCGUUCUACUAUCAGUUGGAGGAAUUUAUCCGCAGUGA